AACACUUGGGCCCAGGAACUUAUACAAUUAUGGUAUGCAAUUUGGUCAUGACUACUAGAUGACCCCUAUUGAUUUUGAGGUCAGUACAUCAAGGUCUGUUAGUUCAUCUUCAGCCCAAAAGUCCAAAUUUCAUGUCCAUCAUUGAUAAUUUCUCAGCUAGACCACACAAUAGGAGAGAUAAGUGUUUUUUUCAAAAAAGCAAUCACCUGUAGUAGAUUUUUGAAAUAUUUUAUUUCAUUUACUUGAUUAAAAAUACUUGCUUAAAAUUAAAAUCACUAAAAAUUUCUUUUAAUUUAACUACCGUAAUAACAUUUUAGGAAAUGGACUUAAUUCAAAUAGGAAAUCAACUUAAGAAGUUUUAUGAAUACAGUCCCUGAAACAGAUUGCCUUUACAUAAUUACAAUAUAUCUUUCUGAAACACAUUUUGUAAAAUUUGAUCAAAUUACAUCAUUGUUAUUAGUACUGUGUUUUGAUCUGGAAGUUUGUAUUUGACUCAGAUGCUAGUCAACUGAAAUCAAAAUCUACAAAUAUAAUGAUUAUCUGUUAGAGUCAAAAUAUGACUUGGAUAAAAACUCAGUACUAAUAACCCUCGUAUCAUUUUCUGGUUUAAGUCACUUUUAAAGACAUGUUUUUGCAUAAAUAUAAAAUGUAUUUAAAAGAAGCACUAAAUUGUUUUAAUGAAGUCACGUUAACUGACGCAAUAAUGACUUGACAACAGCAGAGUGGAGUAUGACUUUACUGCAUUGGAGUUGAAAAUGGACUACCAUUGAUACAUAUUGCAUAGAGAUUGAUGAUGGGCAAUGAUAAAGUUGCAUACAUGCAACAAAGAAACAUCAUGAAACGUAUGGGAAUGAUGGCGAACAUGACUACAUGUUGCCACCCCAGCAGACACCUCAAAAGCCACGUAAACCAGUUGAAGACAGCGUUGUCACGGUCGACUGCGGCCCAUUUCUACGACGAUUUGGUUUACAUCGAUGCAUUCCACGCGAGAGUAGCCAAGUGUGGUUCGUGAAGGACAUUUGUGGGAUUAUAUGUGUGGUUAUCACAUGGAUGUUGAUACUUUACGCAGAAUACGUUGUCAUGUUCAUCAUGUUGUGGCCUAGCCCUAGUAGGGGAUAUUUCUGGGGCAACGCCAUCCUCUUCAAUGCCUUCACAUUUCUCGCCAUCGCGUCACAUUCCAAAGCCAUGCUCACAGAUCCAGGUGCGGUUCCCAAAGGCAAUGCAACGAGGGAGAAUAUUUUAAAACUCGGGUUAAAAGAGGGUCAAGUGGUGUUUAAAUGUCCGAAGUGUAUAAGCAUUAAGCCAGACAGGGCUCAUCAUUGCAGUGUUUGUCAGAGAUGUAUACGCAAGAUGGACCAUCACUGUCCUUGGGUAAACAACUGUAUUGGGGAAAAUAACCAGAAGUUCUUUGUACUUUUUACGUUAUAUAUUUGCCUGAUCUCCAUACAUGCUGUGUACAUGUCCAUACAACAUUUCAUCACGUGCAUCGGCAAAGACUGGAAAGGUAACGAUUCUGGUUGCUCUGGGGUGUCCCCACCAGCCACAACGAUAUUCCUGAUAUUCCUGGUGUUCGAGGGUCUACUAUUCGGGAUAUUCACAGCCAUAAUGUGCGGCUCACAAAUGACUGCCAUCUGCUCAGAUGAAACUGGAAUAGAAUCCCUUAAAAAGGACCAGGCAACUUGGGAGAGAAGAUCCUAUUGGUUGAGCGUCAAGGCCGUGUUCGGGCAUCCAUUCAGCUGGCGAUGGUUUUCUCCAUUCUCCCAACCAAACUUUGUGUAUUUUGGUUCACAACAAUACUGUGUAUGAGUGUGUGUGUGUAUCAGAGUGUGUAUGUGUCUGAGUGUGUGUGAACUUGUAAUUAAUGUGUGAGUGUUUCCAAUAUGAGAAUAUUCUAGCAGGAGGCUGAGUGAUCUUCAGGCACCCAUGUCCGAUCCAUUUUGAUACACUCCAUUUUGGAUUGGUUGAAACAUAGGUUUGGAUCAAGUUAGACUUAAAAAAAAUGAGUUUUAUGGGGGUUUUUAAAGUUCUUAUUAAAGUACAUGUACUAUUAUGGAGAAGUAUUUAUCCAUCAUAAUAAUUAAUUUUUGAAUUUAGGAGUUUUUUUAUUGAUAAUUUUGAGUGAGAGAACUUGAAAUUUUGCUGUGUUUUGAAACAAUGAAAAUAUGAACAUUAUUCCAUCUUAUUUCCAACAGAAUACAACUGUUGCAGCAAACUAUCACAAAUAGACUAGUAUUGGUUGGUUGUAUCUAUUUUAUGUAUAGUAUAUCACUGUAUUAAAAACAAUAUAAAAAAGAACAUUCAUAAACUCUAGUUUCUGUUUACGAGAUGAACUAUGGAAAACCAAGAUAUUGCUUAUCAUUAUUUACAAAGAAUCAUUAAAAAUUGUUUUCCAGUGAAUUACACAACUCAAAAUGUGUGUUAUUAGUUUUUUCUCUUGGAGAAUUUAAGCAACUUUUGGUGCACAUUGAGUGGAAUACAUCACAUUGUCUUCAUUGAAGCAUGGUCUUCAUCUGUCAUGUGUACAGGGAGGGCUCAGCUCGAGACAAAUGUAAAACCGUGUAUAAAUAGAAGGGCUUUCCCAUGUCUUCAGCUAAGCCCUCAAUUAUUUUUGUAGCAACAUGCUUCUCUAUCUAGGUUGAUCCUUGCAUAUAUAGGAUUAUAUUAUUUUUUAUACUUUUAAUAUCUGUAUAUUGUGUCCAAGCUUAACUUAUAAGCUUAACUUAUAUUAUGUAUCCUAUGUUUAUAUUUGACACUUUUAUAUGCAGAGGAAAUGGCAAUAGAUAACUGCGAGUAUAGUGUUAGCAACAAGUGUUCUAUACUUAGUGGAGAGUUAUGUCCCUUCAAACAAGCAGUGUUCUAUACUUAGUGCGGAGUUAUGUCCCUUCGCUCUCUGAAAAAGACAACAAGAUUAGAUUGUUUAAUAAAUCUGUAUGUUUGUAUGUAUUAAAAUCUUGCAAAAUAUUGAUGUUUGCUGUAGUUUUAAUCUAACUUGACAGAAAUCCUCAGUAAUUCACUUAUUUAUAUACUUUGAGGAAUAUGUUGCCCACUUAUAAGAUCAUUUUUUUGAAAAAUAUUCCAUCAAACGUGAUAGUUGUAUAUAGUUCAUCAUGUAAAUAGCCAUUGCUUAACAUUUAUAAAUAAGACCUUAAAUAUUUAUGAAAUUUUAAACAUCACUUCUGGCCCCAAUUUCUCAAAACUUCUUAAGUCCCUUAUAACAGGAUUAAGCUAAACUCACUAUUUUUGUUGUUCUAUUAUAUGCGUUAUAUUUACUUCUUUAAGAGUUUUUAGAAAUUAUAUAAAAAAAAUCUGUAUGCUAAUUAGAAGAAACCAUUUUUCAUUUAUCAAAAUCCAUUAUUAGUAUGUAUUUUGGCUAAUUGAAAUAAGCGACUUAAGCCUGUUAAGCUUAAGAAGUUUCGAGAAAUUGGGGCCUGGUGUUUUUGUGUCGCCUAAAAAGACGACAUAUAGGGGUUACUUUUGUCGGCGGCGGCGUCCGCGUCCCAUUUUCGCUUGUCCGGGGUAUAUCUCCUAAACUAUUAGUGGUAUCAACUUGAAACUUCAUAUGUAGAUAGAUCUAAUUGAGGGCAAGUGCAGUGCACAAGAACUGUUACUCUUGCUUCCAUAUUUUUAGGGUUAUUGCCCUUUAUUUUUCAUGCUUAAAGUUUUGUCCGGGGCAUAUCUUGUAGAAUAUAAGAGUUAUCAACUUGAAACUUCAUAUGUAGAUAGAUCUCAUGGAGGGCAAGUGCAGUGCACAAUAACAGUCACUCUUGCUUUCUUAGUUUUAAAAUUAUUGCCCUUUGUUAAUUUUCAUGCUUAAAGUUUUGUCCGGGGCAUAUCUUGAAGAAUAAGAGAGGUAUCAACUUGAAACUUCAUAGCUAAAUAGAUCUCAUUGAGGGCAAGUGCAGUGCACAACAACAGUAACUCUUGCUUUCUUAGUUUUAAAGUUAUUGCCCUUUGUUAAUUUUCAUGCUUAAAGUUUUGUCCGGGGCAUAUCUUGAAGAAUAUAAGAGGUAUCAACUUGAAACUUCAUAGCUAGAUAGAUCUCAUUGAGGGCAAGUGCAGUACACAAGAACCGUUACUCUUGCUGCCAUAUUUUUAGAGUUAUUGCCCUUUGUUAAUUUUCUUGCUUAGGUUUUGUCCGUGGCAUAUCUCGUAAACUAUAAGAGGUUUCAACCUGAAACUUAUUCCGUAGGUAUAUCUGACUGAGGGUUCAAAUGCCACCUACACUUGAAAGUUAAAUGGCAACAUCAUUGUCUAUAAAUGAAUAAAAUGCCAAUCUAACAGCUAUAAUGUCGACAGUAAAUAAUUCGUCAGGCGACACAUCCGACUCGCGGAGUUCUAGUUAUGUUGAAGUAUCUGCUGUUUUUUAUCAAAUAAAGAAUACCGGAAUUGUACUGCAUAACAAUGUAUGAACCCCAAAUGGUUAUUGUGUUUUACGCUUUUGAACAAAAACCUCUACAUUCAGCUACUAUUAUGAAACCUUUGUCUGUGCCAUUUAAGAACUAUGUGACCCUCUUUUCAAUGAGUAUAAGACAAAAUAUCUCCACAAAAUAUUGCAGGAUCAACAACUUUAUCUAGAUAAAACAAGAAGUUUCCCUUGCAUUAGUUUUCAUUAAGAACUUUUUUAUUUAACAUUAGCGGUGUAAAUGGUAUUUAAUGCUACCAUGGGUGAUAGAUUCAAAAGUUACAUGCUUGUUGAUCAGAUGGACACAGAGUACAUCGCUAGCAAAUUCCUUCUGUGUUUGUAAGUAUAAUAAAUUUGUUUCUCUUUAGUCGGGCUUGCUUUCUAGAACUAUUACCAGGUAAUUGUUUCAAACCUCUAGUAAAAGCCAAAUAAGCGUUUCUUAUUUUUGAAGGAUUUUAUUAAAUAUAAAAUAAAAAGAUUAUUAUACAAAUCAGCACUUACUUAAAAUAUUGGAGUAAACAUGCUUAUAUAUAAAUACACAAAGGAAAGAUAUUAUACAAUAUUUGUUACACUUUUUGUACAUUAAUUUAAUGUUUACAUACUGUUAUAUGUUAAAAAAAUAUACUAUGAAUUUUGUUGUACUUUUUUAAAUAAAGUAGAUUAUUGAACUGUCAACUUUGUCUUGGUUCUGUAU